AAUGCAACCAUUACAGAUAAAUAAAACGAUCAUCGUUAUUCAAUUAUCUACCAUCUAACGCUGGAUAUACAAUUACGCAAUAACACGGAUGAAAAUUUGAGAUUGACUAAGUCGUGCAAUAUUAUCUCAAAGUCCUGAUACUCCACAGAAUCAAAAUGGGAUCAAACCAUUUCAAUCUACUUCUUAUCAUCAUAGGAAUUAUGAUAGGAAAGGCGUAUUUAAUGGAAGAUGAUCUGCUCAAAAAAAAUAUCUCUACGAAAAAUCCAGAAGUAACAGAUAAAAGCAACCAUUCAAUCGCGGAUGAAAAUGAUGAACAUUUGACGUUAUUAACGGAUAUCGACUUGGCAUCGACAUCGUCAGGACUUACUAAUGCAUCCGUUAUUGACAAUCAUGCCAAAAUCGCACUUGAAAAUGUCACAAAGAUUAAUUCAUUGGACAUUAUAACAUCUAGACGACACUUGCAUCGCAGAAAAAGUUCCCACAAAGAUUCUCAAUCUGAAAAGUUAAAAAAUGUAACAUCAUCAAUAAGGAAAAUUAAAGACGCCCCAUUAAUCUUGCAUCAAAGGUUUAAUAAAAAUUCAGUCGAUCAUUCGACUUCAAUCCAUGGGAACCUUGAUUCUACCAAAUUAAACGCCGCAACUUCGAGUUCUACAGUAACAACGUCUUUGUACGUGUUGACGUCAUCGUCUAUCGCUAUACCCAGUCUCAAUUCCUCUGAAGAUAUUAGUCCCGGAAGUUUUUCCAGUAUGACUUACAGAGAAUCAAAUUCAACAACAAAAUCAAAUGAAACUAAUAAUUCAACAUCAAGAAAAACUGAUGCUACUGACGAUAAGUCACACUCACAAUCGAUGGAGUUAAUGUCGUACUCAUUUACAAAUGUGGAAGAAUCCAAUGAUACCAAAAUUUUGGAUAAACUACAGCAAAGAAUUGACAAUAUCAUUUCCACGCGUGCAAACACUUCUACUUUUUUUGAUAACAUUGCUGUAGGUUCUCAGGAUCAACCAUUAAUUCAGGGAAAUGUCGAAGAUAUCGCUAGUAGCACGACGAACGCUUCAUCGAUUAGUUAUAAUGGGACGACAACGAAACAAAUUCCUGAAAUACAAAAGAGUUAUCAUACUGAGCAGUCUUUGUUGACUUCGCAGGCAUUAAGUUUCGAAGAACAGGAAGAAGUGUCAAAUGAUUUAUUAAAAAUGCCAUUGAAAGUGAUUAUUCCUCUUAACUUAAAUCCAAUAGACACAGAAAAUAAUAAGGAUUCAGCUGGCGGAUCUAAAACAACUGUGCAGAGUAAUAAAAAAGUGCAGGGUUUGAAGGAAGAAAUUUCUCAAGAACAUACUGGCAUCAUUAAUGAUUACGGUCCACAAUGCUCUGCGAGUUUCAAUAAGGAUAAGAAACAAGUUUUUGAUAACAAAUUACAAAAAAAUAUUGCCUUUCGUGAACGGCUUGUGGAUGAUGUAUCGAUAUCUGCUUCCGCCGGAAAGACGAAAAGUGAGGCAUGUUCCACAAAUAAUACAGCCCCUUCCCGUUUCGAAAGAUCAAUGGACACAGUGACCAAUAUAACUAUAAACACUCAACUAAGUGCAUUAAACAAAUCCAUGAAUACUGAACAAGAAAAUACUGGUAGUUGCUCAAUUGGAUCGCAAUGUGAUUCGCCAUCAAUGAAUGACUCAACAACACAAAUACUUCAAAAUGAUAAUCUAAACGUGCAAAAUAGUUCCAUAGGAAAUGAAUUGCACUUAAUAGAAUUGACAUCAGUUAACAGCACUCCCAUUCACAAUGAUCGUAGUAAUUGGGUAACAAUACAACAAAUUUCAUCGGAGAGUAUCGCUGAAGAAACGAAUAACGAUAAGACAAAGAGUAUUUUUCUUCCACAUAUAAAUUUUAGUGAUGAGACUGAAAGCACCUCCGGUGCUUCUACAUUAAAUUUUAAUUUCAAUAAAUCCAUGGAUGUUAAAGAGAAUUCCACAAUCGAUGAGAAUAUAUACAUAAUAGAAGGUCUGGGCUACUUCAAGGAUACCUUAGAUGAUAUGAAAGAAUUCGAAGAGGAUCUAGAAAAGCGUCGUGACCCUUUUAUGAAUUAUGGCGAUAGUGUUGAUGAUAUAAUUUUAACUUCGCAAGAUAAUUUGCGGAAAAUGUCUGAUUCGGUGCAAGAUGAUACUGGCCCAGCAAUGGAGCACCAUGUCUCUACGGCACAGUUUCAUUGGGGAGGAAAUUUUGUUGAUCCUAUUGUGGGAUCAUGGUGGUCUAAUGACGACUCCAGAGCUGUCAGAACUUUGGAUAACAAUAUUGGCAAAGGAAAUUUAAAUCAGAAUUCGAAACGUAAAACCGAGAAAAAAGAUAAAUUAGAAAUAGAGCAGCUUCGCGAAAGUCUUCACAUAAAAGACAUCGAUUAUUCGUUAUCGAAGAAACGUUCCAGCGGAUUUUAUCGAAAUAUUUUGCUUUCGGCGUUCUACGUAACAAUUGGAGUGAUUCUAUUUGCUUUGAGUAUUUGGUGUAAACGUGCGUUGAUGACAAGGAAGACGACAAAUAUUUCAGGAUUAAGAGAAUUUUUCCUGAAAAGGCGUCGACCAACGCAUGGAACCGUAUAGUUUAAUUAAACUAUUAUAACUGCAAAUAAUCUCAUGAAUAAAUUUCACGACAAACUAGUUGCAACCAUUAUAAUAAUUUUUUCAAGUGGGUCAUGGGAGUUCCCCAG